AGUAAUUGGAAUAAAAUUAGGAAUCGCUACGUCAUCCAAGAGUUACAAAAUUAUCGUUUUAGAAUGACCAAGGGUGUGACGAUAUCAAACGAUGGGAUGUCAAGGAUGCAGAAUGAAAGGCAAUAUUUACGAGUUGCGGAUAAGAGACAAAAAUCUUACUCAAAAGCAUCUAGAAAACCAUUGCAAUCAUUACAAACCACCAGUCGCAAUCUGAGCUCGACCAGUUUGAAGAACAGGGGAUUUCCGACGACUCAGAAGGACUUGGGUACACGGGAUUAUAAGGCGGAGAAGUAUCACACCGAUCGCCAGACCUUGGCCGAUAUAAUCCUGAUGCAGGCUAGGCGCAUCGAGAAGCAGCAGCGGGAGAUGCAACGAAUGAAAGUCCACUAUGAGCGCCAGGUGUCCACCAUUAAGAACAAUGCCAUUAUGCUGGAGACCCAUCUGCAAAAGCUGCUGGCCAGUGUCCGUCGGGAACGGGCCCAGAAGAUCAGCCAUCACUUUGAGGACAUGUCCAGUGCCGUGGAGAAGUUGCAGAAGUGCAACUCUCAAUUCAAGCUACAUUCCGUCUCCAAUAAUACGCUGAUUAAGUUUCUUAACUCCAAAGUCAUUUCACACCCGUCCAGAAAACCCAAUGAAAAAACGAGUGCCUACAGGAAUAGGUUGUGA